GGAGGAUGGGGAGGAUACAGGCGGGGGGAAGGAGAGGUGGGGAGAACGACCACGACUGGAGGAAGGGAAAGAGGGGAGAGAGGGAUUGGUGGAAAAAACAGACCCUCGUGGGGAGGGAGGAAUACAGAGAAUAGCCGCCGGGGGAGGGAGGAUCUGGGUGUAGGGCCGCGGGAGGUGGGGGUAGGAUUGAGAGAACCACCUCCCACUAGGGGGGAGGGGGAGGAGUGAAUGGAGAGAACUGCUCUACGCGGCGGGGAGAGCUCUGCACUGGGCAGCCCUGUUCCCAUUUCCGGCAGAGCUGUGUUUGAAUUGCAGAAAAGGCAAGCCAUGGAGCCUCCUGGGAGGAAAGAAAAACCCAAGGUGAAAGAGCCUGUAAGUCGAGUAGAGAAAGCCAGGCAGAAAUCAGCCCAGCAGGAAUUGAAGCAAAGACAAAGGGCAGAGAUUUAUGCUCUCAACAGAGUAAUGACAGAGCUGGAGCAACAACAGUUUGAUGAGUUCUGUAAGCAGAUGCAGCCUCCGAGAGAGUGAGAUAGCCCCAUCGUGGAAACCAGGUGGGACUCCUGAGGCUUGCAAGGGGCAUGAGCUUUGUAACCAGUUCUUAUAAUCUGAGGUGGCUCAUUUGGGGGCCAUACAGAUGUAGAGAUACAGAUUUAUGUACUUUGUAAAGUUGGAUAAAUCUGAAUUUAUUUCUCACUGUAACCGCCUCUUUACUGAUCCCUCUGUUCCUUAGAUCAGCAUCAUUUUUCUGAAGGCCUUUUGUUUAUUUGUUUAUUUUUUGUUAAAGAACAAUGGAAACUUUUAUUUUCAGUUUUGGUUGUUGGGGGGAAAGAAAAUCAGUGUUUCUAGUGGGAUCUUCUCACUUUUUCCAAGAAAAUAAACUACAAUUUCAAAGCUGA